CCAUUCUGAAAUUCAGUUCAUGGUCACAUAAUACAAAGUGAACCCUGUCUGUCCUGUCCUGCUUGUUGUCCAACACAUACACUGUGGAUGACAGUUUGACAGCCUCCCUAUUUACACUCAUAUGGCCAACUUGCACUAAAAACAUUGCACUUAGUCUUGCUGCAGUGACUCUACUUAUUAGACUGAAAGUAGGCUUUAAUGUGAUGUAGCAUAAUGUAACAUGUAGUUCAAGGUCAUGCACCUCAUGUACGAGCUUCAAACGUGUGUUUUCACAUUCUCCUGUCCUUCAGUUUGUAAUGUUGGAUAUAUUCAUACUUUAAUAUCGUAGGUGAGGUAUCAAGGUGAGCUGGUUUCCUCGGACCGGUGGCGAACUACACUGGACAUAAGGGGUCGGUGUGCAUUUGGGGGUGACGCUCACUCCUCUACCUCCGCCGUGAACAUCCCUCUCCUCCCGACCGGAGAGUGCAACCUGCGUGAUUUUAAAGCAAAAUGGCGACAGUCUAGGAAGAGGGGAGAAGACGAGUGACGGUGUCAGAGUGUGCUGACAAACUUGAGGACACGGGUCGUCGUCGUCGUGAGGUACGUGUUCACAGCCCGCUGUCCGCUUUGAUGUAGGCGGCGAUGCGUCGUCGCAAGACUGAUGGAGACAGUGAGGUGGAUGCUGGAUGUGGUUGUGGUGUAUGGAAGUUGUUAAACGCCAAAAGUGUUUCCAGGAGCUGGUUGAACUCAGAUCGACCUGCAAGUCAAAAUGAGAGCCAUGUGGUGGAUUCAGUGCUCCAACAUAGACUGAAAGUAUUGCUACUAUGUCUGAUCUGAAGCUAAAUGCACAAGAGGACAAAGAUGUGGAAUCUGUGUCUGACAGUCCAGGUCGUACUCAGGAGCCAUUACAGAGUCACACAUUCUCCCUGAAGAACAAUGCUGCAGGUCUGUCCUCAGAUGAACACGAAAACCCUUUAAAUGGAACCCAGCCGAAUCCAUUUGUAUACAGCAGUGUCCCUGCUGUUCCCCAUGCAGGCAAUUCAUUGCCUUCAGGAGCACUUGUUAAUGGACCUGGUUCACACCCCACCUCAGAGGUACACUGUGUCCUGAACAAAGGCACUGUUUUAUCCAACAAUGUCCUGGAUGCCGCGUGGCAAGCGGAGAAGGACACGAGCCCUGAGGUGUUACCACCACCUAGUGAGCUUCAAUCAGACGCUUGGAAGAACACAGCGGGGCCCGUCGUAAAAACACUGGCCACACAGCCAGGUGUCAACACACCACUGUCUCACUCGGAGGAGAAUGAGUCUAAACUGGCUUGUUCCACACUGUCAGGUGGCCGUGCGGAGCAAAUGCACAUUAGCCAACCUUUGACAAAACAGACAAUGAAAACAAGAUCUCAACGGGAUGUGGAAUGGUCAGAAAGCUCCUCAGAUGAUUAUGAUGGUGGUGAAAUAAUCAGAUGGGAUUCAGCAAGAGAGUGUUUCUUGCACAACGACAGAAGGCUGGAGACCAAAGCGAUGCCCCAAAGAGACAUGAAGCACAACACGCAUGUAAAAAGCAUGUCAGGCUCUCUAGACAAAGUUAACAACAGCUUAAAUCACUUCUGUUUCUGCAGCGGUAAUGAUGUUGAAAAUGUUGACAUUGCCGACAAAGACGAUUCUUUGGGUACACAAUCAGAUACUGAAUAUUCCGUUGUGCCAUUCAAAGAUCUUUCUAGGAACACGGCCUCAGACUCUGAGCACUAUAUUUAUAGCACAGCACAGGAAGGCUGUAAUGAGGAAAAUGACCCUGAAGACAAUUUUAGUCCAAAAGUGGAACAGUUGAAGACAGAACAAGUCGAACAAGAUCCACUUUUCUUUUCAUGCACAAUAUGCAGUGUUAAUUUCAAGGAAAAAAUACAUUUCCAUAGACAUAUGAUGUAUCAUUUAGGCAAGCAUAAUCAGGUGAACAGUGCGACUGUUUCACAGCCCUUUAUAUGCAGGGAGUGUGGGCGUUUGUUCUGUGAUAGCAACUCCCUUAUGAGCCACAUCAUUAUUCACCAAGACAGGCUCGAAAAACUUAUGGAGGAAAUCAAAGGUCUCAAAAACACUGAAUUUGAAGACAGGCAGUGCCCUCAGUGUGUAUAUGGUUGUAAUUGCCCUAAAAUCUUUGUCCAGCACGCCAAAACACAUGAUAAUCUAAAGCACUACUACUUCUGUGAGGAGUGUAACUACAUUACACUGACACAGCAAGCACUUGAAGCACACUUACGUGUCACACACCUCAACACACACCAGCCUCAAUACAGAAAAGUUACUCAUACUAAUGAUGCAGAGGAAGAGGAUCGUGUUCGCUUUCAGCACAUGAUGGGUAUUUUUACUAGCAGAGACAAAGUAGUAUUGGAAAGACAUUCUGAGCUGGAGCAUCAGCGAUCACAGUGUGUUAAUUAUAAAAAAGUUGCUGACCAGCCCACGUCUAAACCAAAUCUGCCGACUAACCCCACUUUUGGAGAAACAGCCCAUUUCCCCCACUGCUCUAGUAAAAAGGGGGACAUUUACAUCCAAAAGUCCAAUGAAAAAGCUGCACAUUCGCCUCUGACUAAGUGCCAUGUCAGCUGCACCAAAAACAUGCUCUCACCGUCUUUGUGGAGGGUCGACAGGCAUGGAAAAUUACUCCUACAACCAGUAGAAAAAUUAGAUGUGGCAACUGAACUCACCUGUGUGGAAGAAGACGCUGAAAACAAUGACUGCAAGGCUUUUGGCAGCUCAAAGCAGGCAAACUGUCCUGCAACCGAUGAUUUUUUACUAUCAGCCAGAAAUCUUAAAUUAGACCAGAUGUUCUGUCAGGGUAGCAAGAAUGACCGGGCAAGCGGGAGUUUACAAGCACAAGCAAGGCAAAAUUCUCCAUCAAUGAGAAAAAUGUCAACACCCUCGCAUAACGCUAUUGACAAUUUGAAUGGUAAUAUAUCGCAGAGGCUUAGCCAGAGGCUGAAGAAACUGUCUGCAGAUAGGGAGUUAGAGAAAGGCUGUGAGGGCAGCAAUAACUUGAGUGAUGACACUAGUGGAGCUACAGGCAGCUUCUUGGAAAGCAGCAAGAAUGAAAGGAACCUGUAUGCUCAGAAGUAUUUUGGAAAGAAGCAGAGGUUUUCAGCCAAAGACCAAAGCCCUCAUGCACUCAAGGAUGAAGAUGAUGGAGAUGAAGACUGUAGUGACAUAGAGCAGCUCGUAAUCAAGGAGGAGUAUAUCGAAACUACAGUGUGUGAUGAUUCCCCAGAGUCACCUUGUACGUCUACAAGUGACAACUUUGAUGUUUUCCCCACACCAGGGGUAGAACACAAGCCCUGUCCAUACUGCCCUGCCAUGUUUGAGUCUGGAGUGGGUCUGUCCAAUCAUGUGCGAGGGCACCUUCAUCGAGUUGGCUUAAGCUAUAACGCUCGGCACAUGGUUUCACCAGAGCAAGUGGCACUGCGGGACCAUCAACCACGAAUCCGCAAAAGAAUCCCCUGUGGCACGCGGAAAAUGAGAAAAGUGGUAAAGCCAGAAAACCAAGGAGAGCACACAUGUCCCCUGUGCUGGGGUUGGUUUGAUACUAAGACUGGCCUCUCCAACCAUGUGAGAGGACAUCUGAAAAGAAUUGGUAGAAGUGUUACCAGCACCAGUAAGUCCCCGCUGUGCAUCCUAAAUGAACUCCUACAGGACAAAAAGGAACAUCGGAACAUCCUCCAGGUCCUCAACAAAAGCCAGUUCCCUUCACGAUCAUUUGUCUCUCAGAAGUUAAUCAGCAGAAAUGGCCUGGUCCUGAUGAGCACAGGAAUCCCAGUGAAAAUCCAGUAUGAGAUGAGAAGUCCAAUUCCCAUAUUUGAAAGCUUUGUACCAAAACAAGAGGCAGAGGCCUUCUCAGAAAGUAAGCAGCUACCAGAAGAAGCACAAAAAGACACUAAGGCCUCCUCAAGCACUUUAGUUGAACUACUUAAGAUGAGACAGGAAAGUAUGGAGCUGACAGCAAGAAACAACCAGGAUGCCUAUGCAAGCAGGAAGCUCUGUGAUUGGACCAAAGAUUACAUGGAGGAGACGCAGAAAAACACCAGCAUGAAACCAAACUGGGCACAUGGUAUGGCGUCUCCUGCACUAGGGGAAUGUGAUUCAAAUAAAAUUUGUAUUCAGUGUAAUAGCACUUUCCCUGGGUUUCCUGGUCAUCUUCAAGCCUAUGCACACAGGAAGAGGAUUGGCAUUUUUGAAGGAUCAGGCUACGAUUAUAAACAGAAGAAGCCAAGACCCAGGCCUGGGCUAAAGAAGAAGAUUUUACCCUCCUUGAAUGCUGAGAUAUACACACUCACCUGCAGAUUCUGUGAUCUCGUCUUCCAGGGUCCCCUGUCUAUCCAGGAAGAUUGGAUCAAGCAUUUACAGAGGCACCUUCUGCACACCAGCGUUCCCCACUCAGGGACAGGGAUGGUAGAGGUGCUGGGUCUGCAUCACAAAAUACAAAUAAGUAUGUCUGGUGCCCACCCACACCUUGAGUAGAGUUUUAUCUUCCAGUUGCCUGAAUUUGCACACUGUUUAUAUGUAUGAUCAACAGAUUGGUUUAGAUUAGCCCUGUAACUGUUUAUACAAAUACUGUAUAUAAUAGUUAAUCCAAAUGACUUAAUAGUGUAAUAAUACCCUAUAUAUGAGCAAAAUCUUUAUUAGAGGACAUUUUAAUGCUAUGCUUUGCCUUAUGAACUUAUAAUGGCACUUGUAGGAUUUCUUUUAUUCGAUAUAAGCUGGUCUGGCGUUGCACAACUGUCAUUGUUAGAAAAAACAUUGUUCAUUUAUGUUUGUCAUGAUAAAAAGUGCCUUGUUAUUAUGACUAAACAUUUUGUUAUAAUGAUGGAAACAAUCUCCUAAUAUAUCAGUACUUUUUAUGUCAUGAACAAAACAACGUUCUCAUUAUAAAAGGAAACAACAUCUUUCCAUAAGAAACUUUUUGUCGAGGCAAGAAAAAUUAAAGCAACACUGCUUAGAAAGUAGUGUUUCUGCCAUUUAGCUCCCCCACUUUCAGAGAAUAAUACAACUGUGGUAAAUAUGGACAGCUGUACACAUGAAUUUGUUCAGAUUACAUUAUUUAUGAUCAAAAACUAGGAAGACAUAUCUAAUAUUAGUGUCCUACUAAUAUUACAACAGUAAGCUCUUGCCAACGACUAAAAGUCUGUCCCAGAUGGUGGCCUCUUGCUCGCUCACUCCUUCUUUUUCUCUUCUCCGCUUCCCCUUUUGUCCUCUUCAGUCUCUUUGCCUCUGCCAUGCUCUGCUGGCCUAAUUACAAUGCCUGCUCAUCCGGUUUUGGUUCUGGUGUCUGGUGGUACAAAUACUCUCUCGGUGCUCUGAGCUCACAGUCUGGGCUUCACGGCGGACUACAUAAGCUAACAUUGGCACAACAGUUACUUUCAUGUCCAUCAGGAGGACAUCAGAGGGAAAACCAGACACAAAUUAUAUAAAUAUAUAAAAUCCCAUCCAGUUUCACCAAUAAAGGUGAAGUAAUCGGUGAUGUAUGACUUGGUGCUGUAAAGCGGUCUGCACUUCUCCCAACCCAGAGCAUAAAGUUACAUAUUGCAAGAAAAAGUGUAUAGAGUGACAGAGGCACCAUUCACCUGAAGUCAGUGUAAUGUCAACACAUUUUCAAAUUUGUCAUUUAAUGGUAGUAAAAGUUACAUAAUAUUGCUUUAUGAGGAACAUAGCCAUCCUGUAUUGACAAAACGCAUAAGCCUGAGCAUUUCAAUUACGCUCAUGUCUCACUUUUAUGUCAGCGUACACUAAAAUUGUGCUCUUGUUAACUGGAGUACAUGGGCUGUCAUUAGUUUUUGGAUGCUUUGAAAGAUUUCACCUCUCUGUGCCUGCAUCAGUGAGAGCAUCUCUCUUAAUCAAAGCGAUGUUCAAAAUGUUGCGUUAUGUUGGGACAGCUUGUUCUGUCAUUGUUCUUCUGCAUAACCUUCAACCCUCGGUGUAAUUUCUGAACACACACUCUCAUUAAUACCAUGAUUUGUCUUUUUUAUAAUGAGAAAAUUCUCAAGUUAUAACAGAAUAACUUUUCCACUUGUAACAACAUAUUGUUAGGAUUGUUUUUUCUCAUUGUGGCAGCUCUGUGUUUCUCACGAAUCAGAAUGUGUUGAAAUUAGUGGCAUCGUGUUUAUGCUGAAUAGUCUUAAAGACCACACUGGUUCUGAACAUUUGCAUGGCGAUGACCUGUUCUCUAAUCUUGUUUACAACUUGUAAGCUCGGUGCUUAAUUUGCAGGCCAGCAGAGACUGUUCCAUACUUCCAUAAGGGUAGGAAUAUGCAAUGCACAGAGAUGACAUAUUUUGAAGUGAUGUUUGAAUUGAACUGAAUGUUUUUCAGGGUGUACCACUGGAAGAUGUCACUUUGUCUUUUUCCCAGGACAAUGACUUUGUUUUCUUAGCACAUACACAAUGUGGUCCAGUCUGGUUGAACUCAUUGCCAAAACACUCAACUCAACUCACACUUCACAAUUUUGAGGAAACUUUCUUUUUGGUCAAUAUUAGAAAGAAAACAUUAAUAUAUACUGCAACAUCAGCAUUCAAUGGAUAUGAAUGUAUAUAUAUAUUGCUUCAGUAAGGCUGGCCCAUGAUGACUUUUUCACAUUAUGUAUUCAAAGCCAGCGACUGUAAUGUAAGAAAAAAAGACUGGAAGUGUAAUUUAUCUAAAUCAAAGAAGAUUUAGCUUUAAUGUCAUUGUAGGUAUUUUAUGGAAUAAUCAACUUGUUAGCACUCCCUAACAUAUAGUACAAUUCAGAGUUUUAUCAUUACAACUUGUUAAAUGAUCGUUUCUAUAAAAUAAAUGUUACUUCCCUACUCAGGCUUGAUUUUAGACUUAGUCCGAUCUAUUACACUCUUUCAUAGAUAAAUGUUUGUAUAGAAACCAGUGACAUUAAUAAUAAACUUGCAUGAUAUGAACAUUUAAAUGCAUUCAGUGAAUUGUUCUUAACCAAUCAAAUAUACUAAAGCAUUUACUAGCGAUUCAAUUCAGUUUUAUUUCUAUAGCAGCAAACAAAGGUUAUGUCAUGACACAUUCUAUACAGAGCAGGUCUAGACUGUACUCUUUAUAUUAUUUACAGAGACCAACAGUUCCACCAUGAGCAAGCACUUGGUGAUGCCAUGACAGGUUUGCCAGCAGCUCUUCUACAAUCUACAAUUAUUUCAUGAUCCCACUAUUCAGUCAUUUUGUUUUUAGUUCUGCUUUAUGUAUAUUAAAACAAUGAUCGAUAGUUCCAUGUCAAAAGAUUACCAUUUUACUUCCUGACGUAACCUGACUUGAAAAUCAGUUUAACAGGAUGUAUUUUAUGAUCUUUGUGUUGAUAUACUACACAUAAACGAUCCUUAACUUCAACAUAUUCAACAUCAUUCAGAAAACAGAAAUUGUGGACACUGGUGGCUCUGUUUGAGUAAUGUGAUCUGUGGAUGGUACACCACAGUGAUGAUAUAACAAAGAGCUUGGUGAAAUAAAAACGAGUUGAAUUUCUGGUGUGUUUUAUGA